AUGGCUGCACCCACGACUGUUGCCCCGACAACUGCAGCACCUACAACUGCUGAGUCUGCAACUGCUGCACCAACCACUGCAGUCCCUACCACUGCUGCUCCAACAACUGCUGCCCCGACAGCCGUUUCACAUACAACUGCUGCAUCUACGACUGCUGCCCCAACAACUGCAGAACCUACAACUUCUGCCCCAACAACUGCCUCCCAACAUACAACUGUUGCCCCUGACAAAAGCAGCACCUACAACUGCAGAGGCUACAACUGCUGUGGCUACAACCGCUGCUGCUACUACUGUUGCUCCUACAACUGCUGCUCCAACAACUGCUGCACCUACAACUGCUGUGCCUACAACUGCAUCGCAUACAACUGCUGCACCCACGACUGCUGCAAUUACCACUGCAUCGCGUACAACUGCUGCAACUACCAAUGCUGCUCCAAGAACUGCAGCGCCUACCACUGCUUCUCCUACAACUGCAGCACCUACAACUGCUGUGGCUACAACUACAGCACCUACAACUGA